CUUCGCCCCGAGUUUGCCGCCUCACACGCUCCCGACACCCGCGGAGCCUAGCCACUCGCUGGGACAGCGCGAUGGGCACCGACCGAGACCCCUGAGAGUCUCCAGCUCGCCUGGAGCUGCGGCUGCCCGCGCCACCGCCGAGGAAGCGAGCGACCAGCUGCAGCCAAGGCUCCCUUCCCUCAGCGCCCACCAGGUAGGCAGGCAGGAUGUCCCCGGCGGGCUGGGAGGCCCUGGUGGCCCUGGCGGCGGUGGCCUGCCUGGCCGAAGGGGUGCGCGGCGGCUACGGCUUGAACAUGUUCGCCGUGCAGACGGCCCCGCAGCCGGAUCCCUGCUACGACGAGAACGGGCAGCCGCGGCGCUGCAUCCCGGACUUCGUCAACGCCGCCUUCGGCAAGGAGGUGAAGGUGUCGAGCACCUGCGGCCGCCCCCAGUCGCGCUACUGCGUGCUGGCCGAGAAGGGCGAGGAGCGGAGCCGCAGCUGCCACCUGUGCGACGCCGCCGACCCCAAGCGGGCCCACCCCGCCUCCUACCUGACCGACCUCAACAACCCGCACAACCUGACCUGCUGGCAGUCGGAGAGCUUCGUGCAGCACCCGCUCAACGUGACGCUGGUGCUGGCGCUGGGCAAAAAGUUCGAGGUGACCUACGUCAGCCUGCAGUUCUGCUCACCGCGGCCGGAGUCCAUGGCCAUCGCCAAGUCCAUGGACGGCGGCAAGAGCUGGGUGCCCUUCCAGUUCUACUCCACGCAGUGCCGCAAGAUGUACAACAAGCCCAGCCGCGCCGCCAUCACCAAGCAGAACGAGCAGGAGGCCAUCUGCACCGACUCGCACACCGACAUGCGGCCCCUGAGCGGCGGGCUCAUCGCCUUCAGCACCCUCGACGGCCGGCCCUCGGCCCACGACUUCGACAACUCGCCCGUCUUGCAGGACUGGGUGACGGCCACCGACAUCCGGGUGGUCUUCAGCCGCCUCCACACCUUCGGCGACGAGAACGAGGACGACUCCGAGCUGGCCCGCGAUUCCUACUACUACGCCGUCUCCGACCUGCAGGUGGGCGGCCGCUGCAAGUGCAACGGGCACGCCUCCCGCUGCGUCCGGGACCGUGAUGACCACCUGGUCUGCGACUGCAAGCACAACACCGCCGGGCCCGAGUGCGACCGCUGCAAGCCUUUCCACUACGACCGGCCCUGGCAGAGGGCCACCGCCCGAGAAGCCAACGAGUGCGUCGCUUGUAACUGCAACCUGCAUGCCAGAAGGUGUCGUUUUAACAUGGAACUCUACAAAUUAUCCGGUCGCAAGAGUGGGGGUGUUUGCCUUAAUUGCCGACACAACACAGCUGGUCGUCACUGCCACUAUUGUAAAGAAGGCUACUAUCGGGAUAUGACCAAACCUAUCACGCACAGGAAAGCAUGCAAAGCAUGCGAUUGCCAUCCCGUGGGUGCAGCUGGAAAAACCUGUAAUCAAACUACAGGGCAAUGUCCCUGCAAAGAUGGUGUGACGGGCAUCACUUGUAAUCGAUGUGCCAAAGGCUACCAGCAAAGCAGAUCUCCCAUUGCCCCCUGCAUAAAGAUUCCUGUUGUUCCUCCUACCACUGUGGCCAGCAGCACAGAAAAGCCUGCAGACUGUGAUACCUACUGCAAGGCAUCCAAAGGGAAGCUGAAGAUAAACAUGAAGAAGUAUUGCAAGAAAGACUAUGCUGUCCAGAUCCACAUCCUGAAAGCAGAGAAAGCUGCAGAAUGGUGGAAGUUCACAGUCAACAUCAUCUCUGUUUACAAGCAAGGGGCGAAUCGAAUACGGCGUGGUGACCAGAUCCUCUGGAUACGCUCCAAGGACAUUGCCUGCAAGUGUCCCAAGGUCAAGUCUAUGAAGAAAUAUUUGUUACUGGGCCAUGAUGAGAACUCUCCAGAUCAGAAUGGUCUUGUAGCAGACAAAAGCAGCCUUGUGAUACAAUGGAGGGACACAUGGGCCAGGCGCCUGAGAAAGUUCCAGCAACGAGAAAAGAAGGGGAAAUGCAAGAAAGCCUAGAGGGAAGAUCAGAGACAAGGAAAGACUGCACAUCCUUUCGUGUCCGAGUCAGAGCAGAUGAGGUGGGAUUAGGGACACUGGCAAGAAGCUCACUUUGCAAUUUAUAUGCAACUGGGUGGGGAGGACAAGUGAGGAAUUAAUAACUUUUGAGUUAUGCCCAUUUUGGCCCUCAUAAAUACAAAACCCACACAAAAACUAGUGAGAAAACUAAUUGUAAAUCCCUACUCACCAUAGUAACAAAUAUUAGAUCAGUUACUACUUCCCGUUCUCUCAUUUGAUUUCCUUUUUUUCACUUUUUUCCUCAAAUUAUUUUGGUCUGAAGAAUGAUGAACUGCCUUAAAUUCACCACCUUAACUACUUCUCAAGUCCAAACAUAAGAACCAACCAACUUGUCACUGAAAAGAACGAUAUUGGAAAGAGAUUGCUGCUGCUAGGAUGAACAGACAAACGGGAUUGUUGGCUAAAAAUUGAUCAUGGGGUACUGCAUAACAGUCUGCUGGAUGGUUCUUCUAUCAUUUGUUACACAGCAUUUUACAAGACUGUACCGUACUUGCCAUUGUAAAUGAGAGCAGUCACAAAUGUGUGAAAUAUACACUAAAUUCUUAUUGCUCAUAUAAAAAAGGCAACUUGCUUCUAAAGAAAGGAAGAUGAGAAUUAUGAAGAAGGAUGCAUUUAUGGAACAGUUGAGUGAUGGAUACCCAAUGAGUAGCAAUACCUAGAAGAAUACUAGUCAAACUCAGUUAAAAGAAGGAUCAAAUUACUAGACCUGGCUUUUUAGAAAAUCCUCUUGCAGCGCUGCAUUUGUGAACAAAACUCCACCAAAAGAAAACCAGUUUCUUUUUUUUCCCUAAAUUCAUCAAAACAUGAAACAAAUGCUAUCUCAAAAUAGUAACUGCUUUCUAAAUAAAUGGUAUUCAUCUCAAUUGCAUAAAGCAAAAGUUACAUAGGACAGAUCCUAUACUGAUUUUUCUCUUGAGAUAACACUGUGUUAAUAUUUCAGCUCCCAAACCAUGGAAACAUGCUUUGUGAAAGUGUGCAAAGACAUUCCAUUUUUCCACAUUUGUGUGUCUCGAUUGUGGUCAUUAAUAUCUCAUGUAAGACUACAACAGUGCUGCUGUCUCCAUCAAGAAUGUUUCUGAACUGCAGAUCAUCUUAUGAGCUGGCUGAAUUUGUCAAGAUUUGUAUUUUACUUACAUGCAUGGAUGAAGAGGAUGGGGGGGGGAGAGAAUCAAAGAAGUUUUACUACUGCUUAUAAAGAUGAAUGAGUCUGAGCUAAUUAAUCAUUUUGUUUUAAAGAG